CGCGAGCACCUCUCCCAGUUCCCACAGGGCCUAUCAGUUCGACAUAACUUACUUCCCACGACCUCAAGAUUAGCAAUAUUCCAAGGUUGAUAAAAAGCGGCUGCAAGCAGAAUUUUGCUGUCAGUGUUGGCUGCUGCACAUACAAUAUGUUGUUACGUGGGCUCCUGCUUCUGUGUUGCUCGGCUGUUGCUUUGGCCGAUCUGCCGAUUCACUGCUUGUAUGAAGAAGUCCUGGGGACCUGGACUUUUUCAGAGACGGACAGAGUUAACGAUCAUACCUUAAACUGCGAUGCCUUGGGCGAGAUCGUCUACGAGAAGACAUUUAUCCUCGAAUUCCCCAACACUGUCACAGACGAACUGGGAAAUUUCGGGACGUGGACGCUCAUGUACGACGAGGGAUUCGAGGUACGAAUCAACGAGCGUUCAUACUUCGCGUACUUCAAGUACGCCGCGACUGCUGACCACUCGGUCUCUUACUGUGACCAGACCAUGAACGGAUGGUCUCACGACUUGACCAACAGAAACUGGGCUUGUUUCUCUGCUCAGAAAUCGUCUGCGGUACCACCUAGAACGCUGGCCAUUAAGAAAACAUCCACUCAAAGGCAGGGACUCUACAAGAACGAUCCUAAGCAGAUUGAGAAGAUCAACUCCUCCCAGAAAUCGUGGUGGGCCAAAGCAUAUCCUGAGCACGAGAAAUAUACCAUAGAAGAUAUGUACAAGCGAGCUGGCGGAAGGCCAGUCACCAGAGACAGCUUCCCUCGUCCAGCACCCAUUACAAAGGAACAACGAGCUAAGCUUGACUUCCUGCCGGAGGAAUUUGACUGGCGGAAUAUCGAUGGGGUGGAUUACGUUUCCCCUGUGAGGGAUCAAGCAAACUGUGGCUCCUGUUAUGCUUUUGGCUCGAUGGGAAUGUUGGAAGCCAGACUUAGGAUCACUUCAAAAAAUCAACGCAACGAUACAUUUUCUGCGCAGGAUGUAAUGACAUGUUCGACGAUUGCCCAAGGCUGCGACGGAGGCUUUAACUUCCUGACCGCUGGUCGUCACACUUUCGAACAAGGUGUGGUUGCAGAGGAAUGUAAUAUUUACGAGGCAAUAGACGAAACAUGCGACACCGACCCCUCCUGCAGCCGAACUUACGUCAGCGACUACGAGUACAUUGGUGGAUACUACGGAGCAACCAACGAGGUCGAAAUGAUGCAUGCUCUGGUCAACAAUGGCCCAAUAGCUGUUGCAUUCAUGGUGAACGGGGAUCUUGUCAACUAUGGCGGCGGCAUUUAUCACAACACCGGAAUACCAAAUGAAUUUACCCCUUUCGAGGAAACCAACCAUGCAGUGCUGGCUGUGGGGUAUGGCGUGGACAAAAUGACAGGAGAAAAGUUCUGGACUCUCAAGAACUCCUGGGGAGAUUGGUGGGGUGAAAGUGGCUACUUCAGGAUUCGGAGGGGUGUGGACGAGAGCGCCAUUGAGUCUUGUUCCGUGCAGAGCUUCAUCAUUCCUUAGAUUUAAGAAAUAAUGGUUGCAAGUAUGGCUAAGGGAAAAACUGAAAAUAUUUUUUUUACUACAAGGCAAUCUUAUGCUUACAUUUUCAAGUAUUCUAUCAUGUAAGGUUUAUGAAACACCUCAAAUUCUGGGCUGAAUGAUAUUGACACUGAUGGAAACUAGAUGGGUUAUUAAUUGGUUGCGUUAAGCUUAUCAUAUUUCCCUGAUAAUUUUCUCUAUGUAUUUCACUGAUAUCCUUAAGAAAUUAAUUUUUGUUACAAAUAACUUACAGAAAAUCAAUAAACUCUACGGAGAUUGAAACAAAA